GCGGCAUUUGCGAACUGUUCUGUUUUGUUGGUUAAUAGGUUUUUCCAAUGGACAAAUUGGGCGGUACGGAGUUAUACUGGCCAGACGCGUUGGUUAUAGCAUUUUAUUUCGUUGCGGUACUAGGAGUUGGACUAUGGUCUUCCCUACACAGCAAGAGGGACAGCGUCAGUGGAUAUUUCUUGGCUAGCCGAAGCAUGCACUGGGUACCAGUUGGUGCCUCACUUUUCGCGAGCAACAUAGGAAGCGGCCACUUCAUUGGCUUAUCCGGUUCUGGAGCUAGUUCGGGAAUUGGAGUCGCUGGUUUUGAAUUAAAUGCAAUGUUCGUUGUUCUUAUAUUAGGAUGGUUCUUUGUUCCUGUGUACAUGGCUUCUGGGGUCUACACGAUGCCGGAAUAUUUAAGAAAACGUUUUGGGGGCCAGAGGAUACGAAUUUAUCUGUCCGUUCUUGCCCUGCUUCUAUACGUUUUUACAAAGAUAUCGGCUGACCUUUAUGCUGGAGCAAUUUUCAUCAAUCAAUCAAUUAAACUCAAUAUGUACGUUUCGGUGCUAUCUCUGUUAGCCAUUGCUGCUCUUUUCACAAUUACAGGUGGAUUAAGUGCAGUCAUUUGGACGGAUUUUUGGCAAACAAUCUUGAUGCUUAUUGGAGCACUGGCGCUUAGUGUAUUAAGUUUCCAACACGUUGGUGGAUAUUCUGCUCUAAUAGAGGCUUUUAAAAACGUUUCAAUCGACGCAACAUUUGUGGGGUACAAUGCUCUCAAUGAGUCAUGCAGUGCUGUUCCCGAAAAUUACAUGAGCUUACUUCGUUCGCCUUCCGAUCCAGAAUUACCGAUGACGGGGAUGACGUUUGGACUAACGAUCAGCGCCGUCUGGUAUUGGUGUUCAGAUCAAGUGAUUGUUCAAAGGGUGCUAUCCGCAAGAAAUCUCUCCCAUGCCAAAGGUGGCUGUAUUUUGGCAGGAUACCUUAAACUGCUGCCCCUUUUUUUGCUCAUCUUUCCCGGCAUGGCAUCUAGAGUACUGUUUCCAAAUGAAAUUGCUUGCUCCAAUCCAAUUAUGUGUAAGGAAAUUUGUGGUAGCGAAUUAGGGUGCACAAAUAUUGCCUACCCGAAAUUAGUUUUAGAGUUGAUGCCUGCUGGUGCUCGUGGUUUAAUGAUAUCCGUUAUGCUGGCGGCAUUAAUGAGUUCUUUAACGUCAAUUUUCAACAGUAGUUCAACAAUUUUCACCAUGGAUAUAUGGAGGCGAAUGAGAAAAGAAGCUUCAGAAACAGAACUUCUCAUAGUUGGAAGGGUGUUUGUCCUUUUCCUGGUUGUUGUGAGUAUCGUGUGGAUACCUAUAAUUCAGUCAGCCCAGAACAGUCAAUUAUUCCAUUACAUACAAAGUGUGACGGCAUAUCUAGCUCCUCCUGUUUGUGCAGUUUAUAUCUUAGCCAUCAUGUUUAAGAGAAUCAAUGAACAAGGUGCUUUCUGGGGAUUAAUGGUCGGCCUUAUUGUAGGUUUGGUCCGAUUUGGAUGGGAAUUUUCUUACACUGUUCCUAGUUGUUCAUCCGGCUUGCCAGACCCUCGACCGGACAUUAUUUCAAAAGUCCAUUACUUACACUUCGGCAUCAUUUUGUUCCUCAUAUCUUGUGCAGUAACUUUCGUGGUUUCUUUCCUAACGCAGCCCAUUGAUAAAAUUCAUCUUCACAGAUUGACUUUUUGGAAUCGAUUUAGCAGAACCAUUAGAACAGAAAUAACUAAAAAGCAAAUUCUGUCCGAAAUCAAAGAUGAAAAUAUAGGGGAGUCAAAUUUAGGUUUUGAUGAUACUUUUAAAGCUGAAAUGAAGAAGGAAAAGCCAGUAUCAGUUGUGAUCAUUCAAGAACCCAUAAAAAAAUUUAAGGAAGAAAAAAUAGAAGAGGAUAAAGAUCUUUCGGAAAGACCAGCAUGGAAGAAAUUCCUGUACUUUGUUUGCGGGAUCUCCGACAACAAAGAUGAUAUUGAGCACGUCGAAAUCGGAGCUCAAGAGGAGGCAAAUCUUGCAGCUGAUGCCAUUGUAGAAAAACCAUUUUGGAACAGGAUAUGUAAUGGAAACGCAAUACUGCUUUUAAUAAUUGGUUCGUUCGUUUGGGGAUAUUAUGCGUAAAAACUGGAUUAAAAAGAACUCGAAGAUAAAAGUUGACAAUAGUUAUAACUGCUUGUUUGAUUACUACUGAUAGAAGAAAGCUGUUUUAAUAACAUAGGUAUGGAUUAUUUUCUAGAAAUCUAUUAGAACCUUGAAAUUCAAAUCGAAAGUUAAUGAAAAAUUGCAAUACAAUUUAAAACUUAGGAGAAUUUCCCCGUGAAAUAUUCUGCACUAUUGGUCUAGUCUUGGAAGAAAGUUGGGAAUUAAGUUUUUAAAAAUUAAAAAAACAUAAUGAAAUUAAAAUGCAGAACGGAUCAUUGAAUUAAAGCGAAAAAGUGGAGAAGAGGCUGUCUUCCCCGACUACCUCACUGUUCUACACUUAACAAUGAACAAAAUUAUUAAAAAGCUGGACUAAAUUUGCCAAAGGGUAUCUAUCCCCUUAGAAAUGAGCGGAAAAAUUCCUUAAUCCUCUUCGUUAGAGUCCACUAGAUAAGACAGCUUUUGCAAAACUUUUACAUUUUCAUUCUUACAAAGGCAUCUAAAACCCCACGUGACGGCUCCCGUCCUUCACUCAAUUUCUCAAUGUUUCUAGAAGGAUGCAAAUGAGGAAUAACGAAACAAAUAGUGAGGUUCAAUUUACGGUCAAGUGAACUUAGGAAUACAUAUUGCUAAAUCGGAAGUACUUUAAAUAUUUUAAUGAAACUAUGAAUCAGCAACUGCCGAACACAAAGAUUCUUUUGAGCCUCAUAAAACAUUACAAUCAUAAAAAAAAUGUUUUAUACCUAACAGAUUUAUUGUACACUACUGUGGAUGAUUACUUUUAAAAAUCACAGUUAAAUGAUGGCUGUUAAUAUUGAUAUAUUUCUCUCAGAAGCAACGAACCAUCCCCUAUUGAAACCCUUACAAUUAUGUAUAUACAAACAUCUUUGUAUGUUGUUAAACUUUUAGAGCAUGGCACCUCAAAGCCCCCCCCCCCACACACACACAUCUUUGUAGCUUCACGGCCGUUUAGUUUUAAUUGCACCAGCUGGGUUCGGCAAAUGGAGCACACUUCUUUCUAGGACCACCAGAACUCCUUCUUUUUUGAAGUCCAACUUAUUUCAGCUAAAAUUUCAAACGCAAUGCUUGCAUAGCUGAGUCAAAAUGUCAGAGGAAAAAAAAAGUCUCUUAAACAGGUACACAGUAUACUCAUCUAUUCACCUUAUUUAUCUGUACUAAUAUUAUAAAGAGAGAGGGCAGAUUUUUAUGUGUUUAUAUGUUCGAGGCAACCUCCGGAACUAUUUGAAGCAUUUCUUCAGUAUAUGAAAGGUGCUUUCUUACUGAGUGACAUAGACUUCAAUGGCUUCUCUGAUCUUGCACUUCAUUUGAAAUUUUUUCUACAUUUGGCUCCAAAAAGGUCAACGGCAGUCUCAUUGGAGCGUUCAAGUUUAAUAGGCAGUUUCAACUAUUUUUGAUGACUAAGUUCAGAAUGCUGUAUCACAAAGAUAAAUGGAAUGAAAAGGAAGAAGGAGUUUUAGUGCCUUUUCCCUAAGUACUGGACUACUUUCAUCAAGCAAUCCAAUCUGAAUGUCUGCGAUGUUUUCACAUUGGGAUUUCAUCACCUUAAGAUAAUCAUCAUACAAACGAAGGUCACCACUUAACACAAAUUUCAGUAUGAUUGUAACUCACCGUUAUAAAAUCUUACUGUAGAACAGAGUUAAAAUGUUGCAUAAACUUACACAAUAUGCAACAUUGUGUAGGUUCAAACUUACACAAUAUGGAUGAAAUGAUACAAAAAUAAAAUAGUUUUCGCCCCCAAAUCCAAGAUUAAUUUUUACUAGCAAUUCGCGGACCAUAGGC